AUGUCUGGCAGGCUAGAUCAAUCUCUCGACUCCAUUAUUGAUAGCCAGAAGAAGGCGAAGCGCGAAGUUCGUCGCCGCAAGGCUUCAAAGUCCACUGGCCCAACUGCUCCGGUCGGUGGUGUCAAAAAGGCGACGAAACCGGCAAAGUCCGCCAUCAAGCCAUCUGCCGGCGCGGCAUCUCAAUCCCGCCCAAGUAAGAUCGUUGUCAGUGGAUUGCCAUUCGACGUCAACGAAGCCCAGAUCAAGGAAUACUUCGGCAAGUCCGUAGGCAACGUCAAAAAGGUCUCCUUGCAGUACAACCAGAAUGGACAGAGCCGUGGCAUUGCCGACAUCAUCUUUUCGAGGCCCGACUCUGCCGCCAAAGCGGCCAAAGACCUCAACGGAAUGCUGGUGGACAAGCGACCAAUGAAGGCAAGCACGGCCACCAUCCACACCAUUGAAGUUGUGAUGGACGCUAGCAGUGUUCCGGAGCCGGCUCGUGCCAAGUCACUCGCGGAACGUGUAGCGUACGCAAACCCAUCGAAACGCUCGGGAAAGUCAGAGCCACUGACAAAGACCAGCGCCAACCCCAAAGCUCAACCGAAGUCCGCCACAGCAACAAAGGUGACCGGAAAGGACGGCGUCAAGGGCAGAUCGGCUGGCAAACCCGGAAAGCCCAAGCGCGGACGCAAUCCUCGAGCCAAACCCAAGACUGCUGAAGAACUCGACGCCGAGAUGACUGACUACUGGGGCGGCAACAACCCCUCGGCAGUGGGCACGACUACCGAACCUGCGGCCACUAACGGUACUGCUCCCGCAGCCAAUGCCGGCGAUGACAUGGGCAUGGAAGAGAUUUCAGUGAGCGACAUCGAUUUAAUCUGCUGA